AUCAACAGAUAGGAAACAGGUGUGUGUGUGUUUCUCUAGACGGUAUAUUAACUGGGCUUUGACCGUGAACUAGUCCACUCAGAACCGAUACCAGGACUCCUGAUAGCUACUGCAGAACAACUUGUUGCCAUCAUGCUGUUUGUCUGGUUCUGUGUUUUUGUUUCUGCUUUCACCGGUCGCUUUGUAACAGAACAAUCUCCUCCUCCAGGUGACUAUAUAGACGUCCCGGUGAACCGCACCGAUGUUUUAGAAGCAGCGUGGUUUGCUGUGGAUGAAUUCAACAAAGGCCCCUCAAUCUACAUGUUUAAUUUCACAAUUGUGGAGAUAACAUCGGCUAAAAUGCAGGUUGUUGGAGGAUUUAACUACUUCCUGGAAAUGCUCCUGGGACCUGCAACGUGCCAGACGGUCAACGCUGCUGCUAUCAAAGGCAACGCUGCUCCUAAUGAAUGUCCUUUCAAGGCAAGUUUAAGAUAUCAGGUUGUGUAUAAAACUCAGAACUACACCUUAAAGCCCAUCACUGGUCUGUCCCCGUGCAUCAAUGUCAUGUUUAACAGGAUGCACUAAUUGUUUGCCUUUUCU